UAAUAUUUAUUUGGAAAAAAUUUUAUUUUUUUUUUACUUCAAUUUCAUUCAUGAAAAUGAAGUAUUUUAUUGAUUUUUUGUCUCUAAAAUAAUUCAAAAUCACGUGAAUUUGUUUUUCGUAUAAAAUUUUUUUUGUUUUCUUGUUUUUAUGGUAUUAAAUUAUUUAAAAAUUCAUAAUAUUUUGUUAAAGCUGUUUUAUUUAGAAAUCACAUAGAAACUAUUUUUAAAUCUAAGAAUUAUAAUAUUUGUUUGCCUCUGCCACGCACAUGAAACAAAAUAUCGAAAAAGAGAACGAAAACAUUAAAAAAAGAGAAAGAGAGGAAAAGGUGAAAUAAUCUUACAAAAAAUUUAUUUACCUUUUUAUUCGUUUUCAAUUUUGAGAUUAUUAUAAAAUUGUACAUUGGAUUCUAUAUUUGUUUGAUAAGAGUAAAAAAUAUUAAGAUAAUGUCAGCAUUAUAUCAGAAGAUCUUACCAACAGUGCCAGAUAUGAUCACUCUUGAUAUUGAUAGUACCGGUUUUAUUGACUCAGCGGAAGCAUCAGUUUAUAAUUCUCUAGAAAAUUUAUCAUCAAAAGAUUAUGAGGAUUAUCAAAAAAUGAUGGAGGAAUCAAUUAAAAAAACUGGUUGGAAUUUAGAAAAUUUUGAAGCUGCAGUUGAUAAAGGCGGUAAUCCAUUUCAAAUAUGUGAUAAUUCAAAAGAAAAUUGCUAUCAAAAAUUACUGAAAAAAGAAAUUUUAAUUAAAACGGAUUAUGAAGAUGCUUUAGAAUAUCGUGAAAUGUGUAUCGAUUGGAUUCGUCAAAAUCCAAGUUUGCAUUUAGAGAAUGUGACUAAAUUAAUUAAUAUUUCAUCAGACUUUGGAAGAGAACAAGUUAAUAAAUUGAAAAAAAUUCUGCAAACAGAUCAUUAUGAUGUGUUGGAUGUUUUACAAGAUCUUCUAGAGGAAUCAUUUGAAGCAAAUGAUAUUGAAAUUUUUUUAACGUCUCUUGCUAAUGGUGCUGAUAUUUUACUUAAGGACAGUAUUUCAAAUGAGAGCGUGUUUGAUGGAAUCAUAAGUAGAAUUGAUCGUUAUGAAUAUUUUAAAGUUUCUUAUUAUUUUAUAUUUCGGCAUAAGCAAUAUUCAAAGUCAGAAGUUAUUUCAACAAUGAAUAUAAUUUAUCAUAAUAAAGAUCCUGAUAUGUUUGUUGAAUUAUCAAAUUAUAUGUUCCUAGCAGCUGUAUCAAAUACAUUGCCAUUAGAAAUAGCUAAAUUUAUUGAAAUAGCACGAAAUUUUGGACAAUUUAAAGCGUUUCAUAAAAGUUUAGAUGAAAGUGUUUUCCUUUCAUAUUCAUAUAAUUUUUAUGAUAAAUUAUUUGCAAAUUAUAAAUUAAAAAAUGAAGCAAAAUAUAAAAUUAUUGAGAUGACUUUUGAAACACAUAAAUCAAAUAUUGAAGCUCUAUUAGAUCAUCGGGAUUAUUUGAAAAAAAUUUCAUUAGAUAUUGAUGAAAGAUUAGAAUUAGUUUUUAUAAUGGAAAAUAAUAUUAUUUGGAAGGAGACUGCAACAUUUAAAAAAAGAUUUAGAAAAUUUUUUGAAAAACAUCAACAUGAAAUUAAAUCGGAUACAAAUGUUAAAUAUGAUUUUAUUGAUUUAAUAACAAGCGCUAUUUAUUACGAUAAUAUUGAAGCAAUGCGUGUUAUAUUGGAUAAAGCAUUUGAAUGUUGUGCUCAUACAAAAAAACAAUUAAGAGAUUCAUAUUUUCGUAAUCAAAAUUUAAUUGGAAUUAAUGAAUUGAUUUGUGUUAAAUUUUUAUAUGAUGAAGUCAUGAAAAAUGAUUUUACAUUAUUAUCAUAUGCUAUAAAUAAAGAUAGUAAGGAUGCUAUUAGUGAAUUAUUAAAACGUGGUGCUCAUUUAAUGAUUAAAGAUUCAUAUUAUAGAUCAAAUGUUAUAUAUUUUGAAAAACAUCCAAAAUUAUUAGAAAAUCAUUUAGAUAAUUGUUUAUUAUGGUAUGAUGAAUAUUUAGAUCAAGAAGAGAAAUUUAAAGAUUUCUAUUAUGAAAAAAAUCCACAAUUAUUAGAUGAAAGAAAAAAUUUAGUAUUUAAAAAGAAAUUAUUCUCUGAGAGAAUUUUAUUAAAUUUUAAAAAUUUCAUACCACCAGAUGAAUUUCAUCAUAAAAAUGAAAAAAUAUUUGAUGUGAUAUUAGAUUUAGCACAAAGUAAUAAUUUAAAUUAUUUAUUAAAGCAUCCACUAAUAACAUCAUUAAUAAUAUUAAAAUGGAAUUCAUUAUCAAAAAUAAGUAGUGUAAUUGUUGUAAUGAUGUUAAUAUUUUUUAUAUUACGUGAAUUAUUUCAAUUUUAUUUAAUGAAAUGGUCAUAUUUUACACAUGUAAUCGAUUGGUUACAAAUUAUAUUAAUAUUAUUAAUAAUAUUAACAUUACCAUUAUAUAAUUUUCAUAAGGAAACAAUUAAAGGAUUUACAUCAUUAGCAAUAUUAUUUUCGGCAAUGGAAUUAUCAGUUGUUAUAAGAUCAGCAUCAUUAUCAUUUUUAUCAGUUUAUGUUAUUAUAUUUGAACAGGUUAUUAAAACAUAUUUAAAAAUUUCAAUAUUAUUUGGUAUUUAUAUAGCAUCAUUUAGUUUUUGUUUUAUGAUAUUAUUUGGUCAUGAAAUUAAUAAAGAACAAAAAAUAGGUGAUAAUUUAAAAAAUGGUAGUGUUAAUGAAAGUGCAAUUAAUUAUAAUAAAAUUACAACAUCAACUGAUACAGUAGCAUCAUCAUCAUCAUCAUCAAGUAAUGAUGAAAAUGAAGAUAAUGAUUUAGAAGGAUUAGAAUUUGGUAAUUAUGUUCCAACAGCAAUUAAAACAUUAGUAAUGUUUGUUGGUGAAUAUGAAGGUGGUACAAUUAUGUUUCAUUCAAAAUAUUAUUGGGGUUAUUUAAUAUUCUUCAUAUUUGUUUGUUCAAUGGCAUUAGUGGCAGUUAAUUUAUUACAUGGUUUAGCAGUCAGUGAUGUUCAAGCUAUUAUACAUAAAGCUGAAUUAAAUAAUUUAAUAUUUAAAGCCAGUAUGUUACCAAAAUAUGAGAAAGCAUUAAAUCAAUUAUCAAAAACACGUUUUUUACAUCGAACUGAUUUUUAUGUUGAUUAUUUUGUUAAUUCACGUAUUCUAGUCAAUGAUGAUCGAACAGUAACAUUUGCUGAAUUUGAUAAUGGUAAUAAAUAUUCAAGAGAGAAUUUUCAAUAUCGUUUCGGUUUAAAAGAAUUACAUAUUAGUAAAGGUACUGUACAACAAAUAAAACAAAUAUUACAAGGUAAAAUAGCUGAACGUGAACCAAAACCAUUAGAUCCAAUUAGAACAGAAAUUGAUGAAAUCAAAAGAUUAUUAAAUCAAGUACUUCAUAAUACCGAUAUACAUAGGAGGCCAUCCGAAAAUGUAAUGGUUUAUACACCAAAUUAGUUUUAAGUAUAAAAAAUAUAUUAUUUUGUGUACUUAAAAAAAAACAAAAAUUUUUAUUAAAAUUAAAUUUCGAAUUAAGUGAACUAAGCCUGAAUGAAUACGGUAUACGGUAUGCUUUGCAAUAAAACAAAAAUAAAAACAAUUAAUUCCAUAAUAUGUUUAAAUUGUCCUAAAUUAUUGUGGUACUAUCGCACCGGAUUCGAAAUUCCAAAGCGUUGCGCGGUGUUAGAACUAAAAAAUUAAUUUAAUUGUCUUGAACGUUUUUUAAUGUAAUGUAAAUUUAUUACCGUGUAGUAUAGUUAUUGUAUACUGUAAACGGUAAUUGUGAUCACUGCAUACCGGAUGCCUCUCUUCAUUCAAGUUUAGUACAAAAGUUUAGUUAUUUUAAAAGCAAAAAAAUGUAUGUAUUCUAGUUAAGAAAAAAAUUUUGUAAAAUUCUGAUAUUGAGAUCAUAAAAUUAUUAAAUAAAAUAAAUAUUUGGACAAGUUACAUAUA